AUGACCACCUACUUCACUGUCUCGGACGCAAAGCUGGUCGAGGCCAGCGGGGAGGACUUCAAGACUAUAGUGAAAAGCGGCACCCUCACCAUAACCGGCCCCUCGCCAGCGAUCACGAUUGACGGCAACCCCAUACCGCUCCAGAAGUCAUCCCGGGAGCCCUUCAAGCGUGUCGGCCGGGACUUCAAGUUUGCCACGCAGGAUGUGAUGUCAUUCUACUACGUGUCCCUCCCUGCGGGCCUUGACGAUUCGGUGUAUGACAGGUUUGAGGAGCUGCUCACGCUGGCGGUCGAGGGCCGCCCCCUGACGCUGCCCGGGCCCGCUGAGAGGGCCGCCGCCACCGCCAAGGCCGCGAGUGCCGCGGUGGCAUCAAAGGCGUCGGAGGUCGCCGCAGCGGUUGAAGCGAAAGCGGACGACGCCUCCGCGGGGGCGCAUUCCACGCCCGGCGCCAAGGAGGGCGGGGCAGCGGGUCUUUUUGGUGCUCUGAGGGAGCUGGGCCAGAAGGCGGCGGAGGACACCCUGGCGGUGGCAAACGCGAUAAAGAAGACCCGCACUGGCCGUCAGCUCGGGCGGGGGCAGCCAGCCGUGGCGCUUGGAUGCAGUGCGCCCUGGCUCCAAACCAACCGGCUGCACGGCAAGCGGCAGGGCGCGGCCGCUAGGCCCUCCUGCCCUCCCGCUGAUGCCCGCUGA